CAGUGCUGUCAGGUGACCGGAAGCGGCGGCAGCGCGGGGCGCUGAGGGGUGGUGAUGGAGCGCUACGACAAAGCGGCGCUGAACGCGGCCUUCGCGCCCGAGUUUCGGCAAAAUGAGGGUUCAUUAACAUCAACUUUAAGAACACUUCUAUUCUUCACAGCUCUAAUGAUCACAUUGCCAGUUGGGCUGUAUUUUUCAUCAAAGACUUAUAUAUUUGAAGGUACCUUAGGAAUGUCCAACAGAGACAGCUAUUUCUAUGCUGCCAUAGUUGCUGUGGUCACAGUUCAUGUGGUGCUUGCAAUGUUUGUGUAUGUAGCAUGGAGCGAAGGCAGUCGGCAGUGGCGGGAAGGCAAACAGGACUAAAAUGAAAGCCAUCAUCAUCUGAUACCUACAGACUGUAAAUAUAUUUUCUGCAAAUGAAAAAGCAUUCUUCAAAAUGUGUAAUAGAUGUAUGCAGAGAUCAGGCUGAUAUUUCAACCCUGUUCAGUUAUGAUAAGACCUGUGCUUGUCUUGGAUGUGUAGCAGUAUUUUCUGUAAUGCUGAUGGAAGUUGUUUGUGGGUGUAAUCAGCUUCUACUAUGUUGAGCUGAGGAGGCAUUCACAUGAAACUGAUUUCAUGUUUCAAAUGAAACACUUAAAAAAACAAAUCACGUAGCUAUUUUUGCAAAUCUUAGUAUUUCUUCUGACCUGCUCUGAGAAUAACAUUGGCCUGAAACAAGCAUUAUGUUUUAAAUUAACUAAAUUGCUGUUUAAAAAGUAAUAUACUUUACUUGCUGUCCAAACAAAAUGGAAAAGACGAGAUUUCUUUUCUGUGAUUAGUCCAGAUCUGCAUUGUCUUAAGCUAAUUCAUCAGGUUCCUACAAGUAGAGCUUGCUUUGUUGGAAGAAGUGGAAUAAAGGUAUUGGCCCAAACUGGCAGCUCUUUAUGGCAGUGGCUUUGUACCUGUAGCAUCUGGAAGCUAUCAGAAAAAGCUGCGGGUGAUCUCUGAAAAUCUCACUUAGGAGCAUCCUCUGAAGUAUUCUGACCUUCCUGUCAAAACCAAAUGUUGCUUUCUGACUUCAGUAAUUCGUUUUUCAGGACAUCUCAGUUCAGUUACUCGUGUAGGAUGAAUAGGUUGUUUUAAGAGCAACAGGAGGUAAAUGUGUUCAGUGACCUUGUCCUGCAGUUACAGUUUGAGUCCAAAAUAAUAGGCAAGCUUUGUCUCCUGUGAGGUGGAAUUACUCCUUGGGGAGGUUGUGUAAGUUAAAAAUUAGAACCUGUUCCUUAGGAGAUCAUGGGAUGCCUUCCUAAUGUGGAAUAUCCACCUUUCCUCAUCUUCUAUUGUGAUUUUUGUUAUGGUAUAAAAUUUAAUUUCUAUUUUCCUUUUCUGUUGUUUUGAGAGCAUUUGUCUCAUUAGUGCAGUGCUUGUCUUUCUGUUCUACUGUUAAAUCUCAAUGAAGCAAAAGAAAUGGCGUAGUGGCACAAUUUAUGUCCUUGCUUCUGUGUUUGUACUUGAUAAUUGCUGAAGGAUGCAAGUGCAUUGCCUGUGGUGAACUACAGCAGUAACAGCUAUAACCUGCACUAAUGAGCAGUGGAGGAACAAGUGAGGUACAAGGGAGAAAACAAGCUGUAGCCGUCUGCAAAUGUUGUCCUUUAUGAAGCAGAACACAGUGAUCACGUUAUGGAAACUUUGCUUCUCUUCAUGUGCAUGAAACUGUACACUGUGGAAUGAUACAAUAUGUUGAGCUCUUUUUCUUCCUCAGCUCUGUCUGGACACUUUCCAUAGUUACAACCAUGGGGACACUGUUGUGUUGUAGAAUAGCAGCCUAGACCUCAUUUCUGUCUUGAGCUGAUGUCCGCAAUCUGUUCAGCAUGUAGACAAAACUUCUCCCCUCAGUUCCAGCAGCGCACAGAACUUUUUCUAAAGCUGUUUGCUUUUAAGUUAUUGUACUUCACGUCUUUCUGUUAAUUUGAGCUUUUGGUUUGUUGUAUUAGUUGAGUAUUUUUUGAAGUGUUUUGCUUAAUAUAGGACUUGGAAAGA